CGUGCGGGGCUGGGCGUCCCCGAGCGCUGCUGCUCCUCAUGGCGGGCUGGGCGCCGCUGCUGCCGCCCGCGCUGCUGCUCGCCCUGCUGGGCGCCCAGCCGUGCCCCUGCGGCACCGCUCCGGCCUCCUCCUCACAGCCCGUGACCGCUCGCCUGGCGGCGAAGUGGCCGGCGACCCCGCUGCUGCUGGAGGCGAGUGAAUUUAUUGCAGAAGAUGGUAAUGAGAAGUUUUGGCAGUUCUUGGAAACUGUGCGGGAAUUAACAGUUUAUAAGCAAGGAGAUUCAGAGUACUCCUAUUACAAUUUAAUCUUGAAGAAAGCAGGACAAUUUUUAUCCAAUUUGCAAAUCAAUUUGUUGAAGUUUGCACUUUCCAUACGGGCUUACUCUCCAACUGUUCAGAUGUUUCAGCAGAUUGCAGCUGAUGAACCUCCACCAGAAGGCUGCCGUGCAUUUGUGGUUAUCCAUGAGAAGCACACCUGUAAGACUAAUGAAAUAAAAAAGCUGCUGAAGAAGGCUACUAAGAGACCCAGGCCAUAUCUUUUUAAGGUAGACCAUAAAUUUCCAACUCUCAAAGCGGAUGGCCCAGUGGUUAUUCUGUAUGCAGAAAUGGGCACGAGAGACUUUGUCAAAUUCCACAAGAUUUUAUCUGAGAAGGCACAAAAGGAGGAAAUUGUUUAUGUUCUCCGGCAUUAUGUUCAGAAACCAAAUUCCAGGAAAAUGUAUUUAUCUGGAUAUGGUGUGGAACUUGCAAUAAAGAGUACAGAAUAUAAAGCAGUAGACGACACACAGGUUAAAGGAGCAAAUGAGACAAAAGAAGAGGAAGAUGAGGAAGAGGAAAGUGAUGUCCAAGGAUUUCUCUUUGGCAAAUUGAAACGGAUGCAUCCUGAUCUGAAAAACAAUCUGAUGGAGUUUAGAAAACAUCUAAUUGAAACUACUAACAGCAUGGAACCCCUGAAGGUUUGGGAGAUGCAGGAUCUUAGUUUUCAAGCAGCUACUCGAAUUAUGUCUACCCCUGUUUAUGAUGCCUUAAAGGUAAUGAAAGACAUUGCUCAGAACUUCCCAAUAAGAGCCAGAUCAUUGACAAGAGUACCUGUAGACAAGAAAAUGCAAAAUGAAAUAGAAGAAAAUCAGAAGCACUUCCAUGAAACACUUGGAAUUCAACCUGGAGAAGCACGUUUGUUUCUAAAUGGCCUUAAUAUUGACCUGGAUUUUCAAGAUCCCUUUAGCAUUUUAGAGACUCUUAAACUGGAAGGAAAAGUGAUGCAUGGCCUUCAUGAACUUGGAAUCAAAGGGGAGACCCUGAGUAAAUUUAUGAGGUUGCAUGUACAUCCUACAGAUAAUAAUUAUGCACUAGAUAUUCGUCACUCUUCAAUAAUAUGGAUUAAUAAUAUAGAACAAGAUCACGGCUAUAGCACAUGGCCUGAAAGCUAUCAGGAACUGCUAAAACCCUCAUUUCCUGGAUUUUUACAUGAGAUCAGACGAAAUUUAUAUAAUUUGGUACUUUUUGUUGAUCCUGUCCAAGAAGAUACUGGUGAUUAUAUGAAGCUGGCAGAAUUAUUCUAUCAUCAUGAUGUACCACUUAGAAUUGGAAUAGUUUUUAUUUUAAGUACAAAAGAAGAAAUUGAUGGCAAUGAAGAUGCUGGAGUAGCUCUUUGGAGAACUUUCAAUUACAUUGCAGAGGAAUCUGACACCUCUCAGGCCUUUAUGUCGAUAAUUAAUGUGUACCAUGAAGUGAAAGAUGGAAAUGUUCUGACAGUUGAUGAUGUGAAACACAUUCUUAGGAGUGAGUACCCCCAUGCUAAUGUUCAGAGUAUCCUGGGCGUUCGUUCUGAAUACGAUGAAGGGAGGAAGGCAGGAGCAACCUUUUAUAAGAAGAGUGGCCUGGGCCCGCUGCCUCAGGCGCUGUUUAAUGGCGUGCCCUUUCCCAGAGAGGAGAUGGAUGCGGCAGAGCUGGAGACGCUCAUUCUUCAGAGGAUUUUUGAUGCCACCGGCUUCUUCCAGCGGGCAGUGUUCAUGGGCUUGUUAGAUGAUAAUGUUAAUGCAGUGGAUUUUCUUAUGGAUCAGAACAAUGUAGUUUCCCGUAUAAAUCCCAGUAUUCUUGGAGCAGAAAGAAGAUACAUACAUUUCAGAUCCACUCCUGUUCCAUUUCAUGUGGAAGACUUCUCUACUUUCUCCUUUUUGGACUCACAAGAUAAAAGUGCUGUAAUUUCUGAUAAUAUGAAGUAUUUAACAAAAAAAGAUGAAGAUGCAUUGUAUGCUGUUACUGUCUGGAUUGUUGCUGAUUUUGAUAAGCCAGCUGGUAGACAACUGCUUUCUGAUGCCUUGAAAAGCCUGAAAACAAGCAGUCAUGCUCGAAUUGGGAUUUUGAACAAUCCUUCGUCAAAAAUAAAGGAAGAUAACACAGCCAUUGCAAGAGGAAUUUUGACUGCUUUUUUAACCCAAAACCACAGCAACUUAAAAAGUUUCCUAAGUAAACUCAGUAAGGAAGAGACAGCAAAAUCCCUUGCUGCUGGAACUAAAAUUGUUAAAUUCCUCACGCCAGGAAUGGAUGGUGAUACUUUUGAGAAGAAGUACAACACUUUAGGACUGGAUUUAAUUAAAACUCAACAGAUGUUCUGCCAGGAGGUUCUGAAGCUGCUUCCUGGGCAAAUGGCUGUUAUUAGCAAUGGCAGGAUACUGGGUCCUUUAGAUGAAAAUGAAUUCUCUGCAGAAGACUUUAAUUUGUUGGAAAAGAUAACAUACAGUACCUCAGCAGAGAAGAUUAAAGCUAUUGUCAAGGAGAUGGGAAACAGUAGUAAAAGUGGCAGUGAUUUGAUUAUGAAAAUAGAUGCCCUGCUGUCAUCUUUGCCUAAAACAGAGAUGAGACAAGAUGUUGAAUUACUCAAAGAACAGCACAGUGUAAUAAAAGUCGAGCCCCAAGAGAAUGACCCAUUCUAUGAUGUCGUUGCUAUUGUGGAUCCAUUGACAAGAGAAGCACAGAAGAUGACCCAUUUAUUGAUUGUACUCAAGGACAUUAUCAAUAUGAAACUCAGGUUAUUUUUGAACUGCAGAUCUAAGCUGUCCGAAGUGCCACUGAAGAGCUUCUAUCGUUUUGUUCUGGAACCAGAAUUAACUUAUGGAAUCAAUAAGCACCUUCCUUCUGAACCUGUAGCAAAAUUCCUAGAACUGCCAGAAUCGCCUCUUUUGACCCUAAACAUGAUCACUCCUGAAAGCUGGCUGGUUGAAGCAGUAAACAGUUCCUGUGACCUUGAUAACAUUCAUUUGCAGGAAAUAAAAGGGGCAGUUAUAGCAGAAUAUGAGCUGGAAUAUAUAUUGCUUGAAGGACAUUGCUUUGAUGUGACAACUGGACAACCUCCUCGAGGGUUACAGUUCACUCUGGGCACAAAGAAGAAUCCUGUCCUGGUUGAUACUAUUGUGAUGGCCAACCUUGGGUAUUUCCAGCUGAAAGCAAAUCCAGGUGCUUGGACGCUGAGAUUGCGUAAGGGAAGAUCUGAGGAGAUUUAUCAGGUUUUUUCCCAUGAAGGAACAGAUUCUGUAGCUGACCUGGCAGACGUUAUUGUGGUAUUAAACAACUUCAGAAGCAAAAUUAUCAAAGUUCAAGUACAGAAAAAGCCUGAUAAAGUAAAUGAAGAGCUUCUUACAGACGGAACAACAGGAAAAAAAGGAAAGGUGGAAUCAGUUGCAAGGUUUUCAGAAGAAAUUCCAGCUGAUGAGAAGGAAAAGAAAAGUGAUAUUCUUAAUAUUUUUUCUGUUGCUUCAGGCCACUUAUAUGAACGUUUUUUAAGAAUUAUGAUGCUUUCUGUCCUGCGUCAUACAAAAACACCAGUUAAAUUUUGGUUUCUGAAAAACUAUCUCUCCCCAACAUUUAAGGAUGUAAUUCCUCACAUGGCUAAAAAGUAUGGGUUCAAGUAUGAGCUGGUCCAGUAUAAGUGGCCCCGCUGGCUUUAUCAACAGACAGAAAAACAAAGAAUUAUCUGGGGCUACAAAAUUCUUUUCUUGGAUGUUCUUUUCCCUUUAGCUGUGGAUAAAAUAAUAUUUGUUGAUGCUGACCAGAUUGUGAGGAGUGACCUGAAAGAGCUCAGAGACCUUGACCUCAAUGGAGCCCCCUAUGGCUACACUCCUUUCUGCGACAGCCGCAGGGAGAUGGACGGGUACCGCUUCUGGAAAUCGGGAUACUGGGCUUCACACCUGGGCAAGAGGAAAUACCACAUCAGUGCCUUGUAUGUUGUGGACCUGAAGAAGUUCAGGAAGAUUGCAGCUGGAGACAGGCUUCGGGGCCAGUACCAGGCUCUUAGUCAGGAUCCAAAUAGUCUGUCAAAUCUGGAUCAGGAUCUUCCCAAUAAUAUGAUUCAUCAAGUAGCCAUUAAGUCUCUCCCUCAGGAGUGGCUUUGGUGUGAAACCUGGUGUGAUGAUAAAUCGAAGAAGAAGGCUAAAACAAUAGACCUGUGCAACAACCCCCAAACCAAAGAACCAAAACUAAAGGCUGCUGCCCGGAUAGUUCCUGAGUGGGUUGAUUAUGACUCUGAGAUCCGAAACUUAAUACAGCAAAUUGAAAAAGAGAAGAAAAAUCUAACAUCAUUAUUUCAAAAAGGGCUCAAGCACGAUGAACUUUAGCACAGCCCGUGACCAGCAACGGUGACAGCUCCAGAGUCUUCUGGGAAGAAGAACAGAAUUUACAGCUGUUACAUUGGCACUAUUUGCAGCAUUCUUUAAUGUGAAGUCAAAUAUUUUAUAACUUAAAGUGUUAUUUAAAACAUUUUAAAUGCAAUACAAAAAUGAGGAGUCCACAGGUACUUGGGGGUUUGGGGUUUUUUAAGUGGCCUGGAGCAGCUUUCCCAACGGCUUUCUCUUUACCUUCUUUAAAGUACAGUUUGCCCAGAGGACUUUGGAAUAUGAAGGAAGAUGUGUUCAGCAUUGUCAGUCUGGGGGAGGACACACACAUUAAAUAUGUACUUGAAAACUGUUUUGUGCAUAUUCCAUGCAUUAGGCUACUGUAUUUAAAUAUCAAAAUUUUGGCUAUGUGCCCAUAGUUUUGUCCCUCAAGAAAUGCUGUGGUCACAAUAAACAAUUUCCUAAAACUGUCUAAUUUAGACCACACAAAGAUAAGUCCACGUGGAAGCUAAAGCAAGGAAUGACACUCUUCAUUUAUUAUGCAGGGUUGAUGCCCUCUUAGAUUCUUAAAACUAAUUUUUGAUUCUUAGGCUCCUUUUGGCCACUUAAAUAGUGUGUGAUAAAAUUCCAUUAUGGUUUUGGUUGAGGUGAUUUUCCGACCAGCAUACGUUGUAUCAGAAGGUCAGUACCUGAAAGCUGCUUCUACUCACUUUUGAUUAUCAUCAUCCUGUUUAUAACUGAAAAUAAAAUACAUGAGUAUUUUUUGACUAUCACUGGUGUCUUCUGUAAUUUUCUAAACCUGUACUCACAAAACUGUUGCUUUAAUGGGAUACUGACAUUUUGAUCCCACAAAAAUUGCAGGGAAAAGUUCUUACAAUGCACAUAUUUGAAAAUGAGGAAUUUGUGUCUCAAAGUGAAAUCUAGUGCCUUAAAUACACACCCUGUUGUUCAGGCUGUGCUGGUUUCAAAAUGGGAUUGGAUGAGACUACACAUUCUUGUAAGAAGUCUUCCAGUUUAAAUGCUUGAAGUUACACAAGGCCAUGUAAUUAGCACUAAGUAGGUGAAUCAGCAAGAAUUGCACAUUAUUUCCAUAGCAACAAAUAACCGAAUAAAUAGAGAAAUGAAGGAGAUUUUGUAUCCACUGUCAUUGUCCUCAGCUGUUGGUUAUUUACAAUUUCUUACUGUAAGAGCAAGUAUUUAAAAUCACAUGUUGCUGAUAUUUUGAAGCCAUAUUACUAAGGAAUGUGAGACAUGCAGGUUUUUUUACAGCUCUUGGUAUUUUCUGUGGUUUUACCUUUAUGUAUUUUGAACAGUUUUAACAUGUCACAUACAGGUUUUUAAAUGUCUGUUGAGGAAUUUCCUUUUUAUGAAGUACCCAAUGGAGUAUAUCCUGUGUAACCCAAUAGCAAAAGUCAGUAAAGCCUAAUGUUAGUUCGCUUUAUGUCUGACCCAUUUCAGUGCAGCAACUAUUUUGUUAUGCUUGUUCUCUUAAUUACUUCAGGAUACCAUGCAGCAAGUCAAACAUAUUUGAACAUCAACUUUAAGUUGUUGUUUUUGUACCACAGAGAUGGAUUUGUAAUUGACUUAGCAGAUGCCUGUGCACCAUUACUAAAAAUUCCAUGCAUAACAAGGAAGUAACUGAUUUGCCAUAGUGGAGGACAAAAACCCCCAAACCAUUAUUCAACUGUUUGCUGCAUUAUUUUAUUUUAUUUUCAAAAUAUUUUUCAGGUUUAUAAUUCCAUUCUGUGGCCUGACUCUGCAGCAGCAUUUCACGUGCAUCUGCCUUGGUAUUCCAAGCUUGAAGCAUAUAUUGGAAAACUUGCUUUAGGAGAGAAGUUAAAGGUUUUUUAAGAAGCCUUAGUUCUCUUUAAUUAUGAUUAUCUGUGUGAGCAUGUUCUGCAGUAUAAAAAGUCGGUAAUUCAUGCACUGAUUUCAUGUUCAUUUUCUCUGUAGCAUCCUGUUCUUUUUAAAAUUGGAUUACCUCUACUGGAUUUAAAAAAAGAAAUAGUUCUUUAAAUACUAUUUCCUUGAGAUUGCUUAAAUGAUUAGAAUAUAAUUUUAUAAAUGUAAUUUGUUGGAGAUAAUUUUGAAGAUGUAAAAGGUUUAAUGCAAUCUUCUAGUGUUUUCUAUAUUUUUACAAAAUGUUCUAGUCAAAUUUUUUUUCUGCAUAAUACUACUUUCAAAGAAAGCUUUUUUUUUAUAUAGAAUGGUUUAUAAAAUAAGAAAGGUCCCACAAACAUAUUCACUACUUUUUAAAGAUCUCUUUAAGGCAGCACUUUGAGUCAUUAGCAUGCCAUUAUAUUUUAAUACUAAAUCUAUGGAUUGUGUAUGUUGUACAAAAUAUUAAAAGGUACCACUGGAGAAACAAAGAUGGAUUA